AUGUCAGACAACGAGAUAGAGAGCAGUGUGGUAACAUGUGAGCCUGAAGAGGGUGAGCUGACCAAUAUGUUUGCAAGUGUAUGGGUCAAAGUAGAAGUGCAGGCUGACGCUGAGGCUGACGUAGAUACCCCUUCUCCGAAACCCAGGAAAAGUAAAAAGAAGAAGGGUAAAGAAGUACUUGCAUGUCAACAUUGUGACUACACAACUAUACAUAAGAACUGUCUCAGAUACCACAUCCAUGGUCAUGAUAACAAGUUACUUACAUGUGAGCAUUGCUCUUAUACUACUAAAUAUCCUAACUCCCUCAAUCGUCACUGUAAGCUCCAACACAACCUCUCCCCAGAAGAAACCAAAGACAAUACCUAUAAAUGUGAAUAUGAGAACUGUGAGUAUGUAACUUACUAUCGUUGGAACUUGAAUGUCCAUCAGCGAAAACAUAAACUAGAAAAGCAUCACAAAUGUCCAAAAUGUGACUAUCGUACUGCCUAUAGACACAAUCUAUUGAAACACAGUAAAAGCCAUAAUGAAGGAGUGUUCUUUAAAUGUGAUAAAUGUCCCUUUGUUACCAAAUAUGAAGGACAUAUAUCGAGACACCUUGCUAAAAUACACAAUGAAGUGUCAGAGGGUGCAAAUCGGUGUGAUAUGUGUGAUUUCUCCACUAAGAUCCGUUGGAGACUAAACACGCACAAACAGCGCAGCCGGCAGAGCAAUAACUUGAAGUGUGAGCAUUGUGAAUUUACAACAUUUUAUAUGUGUGAGCAUAAAAAGCACAAAGAGUUACAUUUUGGAGCUAUUUAUGUCAACAAGAAUACAGAAUCAAGUAUGUCUCAACCUCAACCAAGCGUGCCACUAGAUGUCCCCAAAGUCGAACCAGAAUCACAACGGGACCAAUAUGUCAUAGACCCUAACUGUCUCGAUUGGAACAGCAUUCAAAUAUUGGAGUCUGAAGACAAAGAAAGACCAUUCAUGUGCUUAAUGUGCUCUUACACCUCCAAAUUUAAAGCAGCUGUUCAAAGACACUUUCAGAGACAUCACACUGGCACUAAGAACCGACCAUAUAAAUGUUGCAACUGUGACUUUUCAACAAAAACCAAAGAUCAAAUUGCUCUGCACAACAAACGUAGCAAAUCUGAUAAACUAUUGCAUUGCCCUAUUUGCAGUUUUACAACUAUCUUCAAGUGCCAUCUAGCAAUGCAUCAGAAAACCCACUACACUUUCAAAUGUACUAUGUGUUCAUAUUCCUGUCGGCAGAAAUAUGAUUUGCAGAAGCACUAUGCUGUUACACACAUGGGAAAGGGGUUGAAAUGUCAUUUUUGUGAUUAUGUUGCAGCCAGGAAAGAGAGUCUUCUCUGCCAUGAGGCAAUACACACAGGAAAUAAGCCAUUUAAGUGUACCCUUUGCAACUACAGCUCGGUGAGACGAUCUCUUUUGGAUGUCCACACAAGGAGAUUUCAUUGUGAUCAAAGACCUGAUGUCACCAUAGUUAGCGAUGACAAAAUUGAGUCUCUCAAAGUGCCGCUGCCAGAGUUACUAAACCAGUUGAAGGAAAUAGAGUCAUUUCAAUUUCCACAGUGA